GUUUCAUUAACGAUAUUUACUUUUUGAAAACUUCUUCAGGACAACUCUACUGGUCCAGGAGCUAGGUUAACGAGGCUCAGCAUAGAAUUAGAACUGGAUAAUGACUUUCAACAUUAUGUGUGCAGUGCUAGCAGUAUUAUUUCUGGAUGCGAAAGUCACAGAAGGCACUCUGACAUUCACCCCAACUGUGGCCUGUCCUGAUGACACUGUCAUCUUCACCUGUAUUGCGACUAGUGAUGUGGAUGUGGCAUUUAGGUGGACAUUAACUCCACCACCGGAACUGAAUGUGGCCAUUGUCUCAAUAACAGCGACGAACACUGCUAGAAGUAUUACGAGUAGUGGUGAUGGGUUCAUUUUCCGUGCUGAUUACUUUGGACUGGAUGAAGGCAUAGUCACAUCUACAGUCACCACCCUCACUACGGUGACAGUGCUUGCUGGAACCAGGGCACAGUGUGAUGUAAUAGGAGCAGGAGGAGGAGGGGGUCCAAUACCGAUCAUUGUGGCGGACGUCCCCUCCCCUCCACUGAAUCCAAGAGCAUCCUCCUCUCAGAACCAACCAAGUUCGUUCAUAGCCACUCUGGACUGGGACCUUCCUUCCUCUACUGGUGGUGUGUCUGUAAACUAUGUCCUCGCCAUCUCCCCAACACCUCUUUCUGGAUCACCAGUCACCGUGGAGACCACCUCCACACAGAUCAAUGCAUCUUACAACACACCCUACAAUGUGACCAUUAGAGCUGAUAACUGUGUUGGACUGAUGAGCAAUGCCUCAAUACUGUUUACUAUACCGUCCCUAGUUGCCUGUCCCUUUUCCCUCACUGCUGCUAGUGGGGUGGUAAACAUCCAGAGACCAAGUGUCCCAACUGUGGGCUCCAAACUGAUAUUCACUUGUUCUGGAGAUGAUCAGAUGAGAACCUCUACCUGUGGUACUGAUGGAUGGUGGAAUCCUGACCCUGAAAAUGUUAUAUGUCCAACGAUGGAACCCCCAGUGACCUGUCCAGUUCCCAGGGCCCCCUCUAUGGGUAGUGUGAACACUAGUGGUCAGUCUUACACAGAGCAGUCACAGGUCACAUAUCAGUGCAAUGAGGGACUCUUUCCAAUGGGUGUUCUGACUGCCACUUGCGCAAGAGAUGGACAAAAUGGAAUAUGGAAGCCUGAUCCAAGUACUGUGUUGUGCAGGACUUCGCCAGUCAACUGCACUGUACCUGUUGAGCCCUCCAACAUAAGUAUAGUGGACUAUGAGAGGUUGAACGAGACAGUGUUGGAGGGAACAGUGCUGACUUACCAGUGUGACAAUGGACUCUCACUGACUGGACCCAACACCAUUACUUGCACUAAUACUGGAGUCUGGAGCACUGAGCCUGAGGCCAUCAUGUGUGUGUCACCAACUGAAGCUCCGACUGUAGCAACCACGACAGCUGCCACCCUAUCAACCGGUGUAACUGUUGCCAUCGGUGUUACUAUUUUCAUUGUGUCUACUAUCCUUGGAUUUCUCGCUGGACUCUUAGUGAUGUACUCGUUCAUGCAUAAGAAGGCAGCGUACUCCACAAGAAAAACAGCAUUAUCUGUUGUAGAACCCACUAAACCAGUUGGUCCUGUUUAUGAGGAGGUGUCGCGUACCAAAGAGGAGAUUGAACUCAACACUAACCAGGCGUAUGGACCAUUAUAGGACUGUGAAACUCGUUCACUCUUCAUUAUUAGUAUUCAACAAGUUAAUUGCAAUAAUUUUAUCAUUUUGGUACUUUGUUUGUUAUAGACUCAGUGUUUUUUAUUUUAUAUAGAUAUAGCGAUAACCAGGAGCCCAUAAAUAAAUUACAAGGAUUCUCUUAUAUUUAUGGGCUCCUGGUAUUAUAGCUAUAGAUAAAAUUAUUUAAUGAUGUAUCUGGUUCAUUUUUUGCUAUAAAACCUAUAAUUAUAAUAAUUAUGUGGUUUUUCUGACUUUCCUCAA